AUGACAUCAAAAAAUAAAUUUCCAAAUCACAUUGUUGUGGCAGUUUUGACUUUUAAAAAUUUUUUGGAAGUGAAAGAAACUCCAGGAAAGGAAAUAAAAAUAUCCGGAGGAGUUGAUGGGAGACUGUUAAAUGUUCUAUCUCAAGCUCUUAGGUUCCAAUACACAGUUCUCAAGACUCCAGAUAAUGAAUGGGGUCGAUUCAUAAAUGGACAAUGGUCAGGAAUAAUUGGCAUGGUAAACAGAAGUGAAGCAGACAUAGCGAUUGGACUAUUAAGUUACAAUAAGGAACGUGAAUCAGCUGUUGAUUUUACUGAACCAUACACAGCUAAUGAAAUUACAUUUAUUACAGCCCCUCCAAGAAUGCGAAGUAGGACAUCAGCUUUUGUGCAACCGUUUGAUUAUAUUACGUGGUCAUGUGUUAUCAGUUGCAUUAUCAUAGUACCACUGGUGUUCUAUUUCAUAGCCAAGAGAAGAUACAACUUUCUCAGAAUAUUUAUCGGCAUUUAUGGUAGUAUAUGUCACCAAAAUAUCAGCCCAUCGUUUAUGGGGAAAAACUUCUUUACAGUUCUGUGGCUAUGGACUGCGUUUAUGAUAUCAGUGAGCUAUACAAAUGUUUUACUUGCUUUUUUGACUGUGCCGACCCGAGAUAAGGCAAUUACAAGCUUCGAGGAAAUGAAGGAAGCCAUUUACAAGGAAAAAUAUAAAAUAAUGGUUACAAGGGGAACUACCGCGAUUCCUACAUUCCUGAUGAGUGGAAAAAAGAACUUAAUUUACAUUGCUCAAAUGAUAGAAAGCAAUAACUGGUAUGUAUCUAUGGAGGAUUAUUUAAACGAAAAUAAGUUUGACGGAUCAACAGCGUUUCUUGGGGCAAGGUCUGUAUUUUAUUUUAAGUAUGGCAAAGAACCUUUCACUACCAAAUACGUUCCACAAGAAUCUGGAUUUUCUGUUCCUUGUGGCAUUGCAGUAAGGCGAGGAUUUUGCUGUAAAGAUAUGCUGGACAUCAGCAUAACAAGAAUAAAGCGUACUGGCAUUUUCCAAAAAAUUGUAAAUGAUCAGUUGUUUAGAAAUUGGCUUUAUGAAGUUGAAAAACCUCUGCCCAAAUCAUCAGAACAUAAACUUUCGUUGAGCGACUUGUUAGGAGUUUUCAUAUUGUUGUUGUGUGGUAUUAUUGCUUCUAUAUUUGUCCUCAUUAUGGAAAUUUUUCAUAAUUUAAGUUUAGAUCUUAAAUAUAGAUUUCAAGUAUAA